CCGAGAGCUGGGCGGACAUGCAGGAGCCGCUGCUUGAGGGGAUGUGUUUCACGCUCAAGUAUCUAGGGAUGACGCUGGUAGAAAAACCCAAAGGAGAAGACAUGGCUGCUGCUGCCAUCCGCAGGAUCGUGGCCAUGGCACGGGUGGGAGCUCGCAAGUUCCAGAAGGUGAUUCUGACAGUGUCUCCAAGGGGCAUCUCGCUGCAGGACGCAGACACGAAGGAGAUGGUUGAGAACAUCUCCAUCUACAGGAUCUCCUACUGCACGACGGACAAGCUGCAGAACAAAGUCUUUGCUUACGUCGCCCAGAGCCAGGAGAGCGGGGCGCUGGAGUGCCAUGCGUUCCUCUCGCCCAAGAAGAAGAUUGCCCAGGCUGUGACUCUGACUGUGGCCCAGGCCUUCCAGAUGGCACUGGAUCUCUGGGAAGCAGCACACGCAGGCUCUAGGCAGGAACAGCCCCUUCACCCAUCCUGUGUCCUGGAGAGUGCUGAGCCCGGCAGAUCAAGAGGAGGAAGAGGAGGAGGAAGAUGAUAACGUUGGUGAAACCUUGUCUGGCGGACCUUGCUGGGGCCGUGACGGGUGCUCUGUUCUCUUCCAAAGCAGCAUGGAGGAGCUGGGGAGGGGGGCCCACAGCUCAGCAGUGUCUGCACCUCUUGUGCCCAGAGUGAGCUCUCCUCCUGCACAGCUGCUGUGCUACCGCCUGGGACAGCCCCCGGACAGCUGGAAGGGGCUGCGAG